AUGAGUGAUUCGAAUUCUGCUAUGUUCGAUCCUAGAACGCUGCUCAUGAAUUCUUAUGAUGAUGUCUGCGUCGAAGACGUAGACUUCGGUUUUGCGUUCAACGAUAUCAUUUUCUCCGAUCGUGUUCUCCACGUUCAUAUCUUUUCUGAGCCGAUCGAGUCUAAACAAUCACCGUCAGUUCAAAUAUUGGUUUUCCUUUAUCAUUAUUUGAAUUGGACUCUCGAUUGUUGGACAGCAGUAAGAGUUAAAACCUUACAUGUUAGCUCUAUAAUUUUAGCCGCAAGAAGUCCAUUUUUCCGCAAGCUUUUUUCAAACGGGAUGAGAGAGUCAGAACAUCGCCAUGUAACCUUGCAAAUCAAUGCCUCAGAGGAAGCUGGUCUCAUGGAACUAUUGAAGUUUAUGUAUAGCAAUAACUUGACAGUUACACAUGUUCAUGCUGUGCUUGAAGUACUAACGGUUGCUGACAAAUUUGAUGUUCCUUCAUGCAUGAAGCACUGCAACCGUUUAUUAAGAAAUCUACAAAUGACACCAGAAACUGUAUCAGUUUAUCUUGAUCUCCCAUCCUCUAUAUUAAUGGCUGAAGCAUUUCAGCCGUUAACUAUUGCGGCCAAGAAGGUCUAUGCUGUCCAUUAUAAAGACAUAACCAAGUUUCAAAAUGAAAUUCUUAGCUUGCCACUUGCUGAAGUGGAGGCAAUUAUAGCCAGUGAUGAUCUCAAGGUGAGGUUAGAAGAUGACGUUUACCAUUUUGUCCUCAAAUGGGCCUGGACCCAUUACCCUGAAAGAAAGGACCGCCGUGAAAUCAUCAUGACCCGCCUUGCAAAGUUUAUUCGUUACCCUUAUAUGACACGUCAAAAACUUAGACAACUCCUCACUAACGAGGAGUUCGACCCUGAAUUUGCCCAAAAGGUAUCAACGGAAGCAAUUUCUUUUAAAACAAAGGUCCCACACAAACGAAGUGAUGAAAACUCUAAUCUUGACCGUAGGUUUGUGGAACGGGCCUACAAGUUCCGGCCCAUUAAGAUGGUUGAAUUCGAACAGCGACAUGGUGUGGUGUACUUUGAUUUAAAGCGUGACAUGUGUACACGUGCACGUUUGUUUCCAUUGGGCAAUGUUUUAUCUGAAAUAUUUAUCUUGGGUGGUCAACGGUUUUGCUUGGUGGCCCGAUGCAACAUGGACACAUUCGGGCUUUAUUUGUGUAUGCUGGAAAACAAGGCAGGAUAUUUUUUUGAGUUUGACUUUGAGUUUGCAGCAAGGUUAAAGCCCGCUGAAGAGUUUGUUAGCAAAUUCAAACAGAGUUGUACAUUUAAAGGUGGAACUGGGGUUGGGCAUGGAAAUUUGUUUGGAAUUCCGUGGACUUGGUUUAUUGGGGAAGAUAGUUUUUGCUUCAUUGACGGUGUUCUUGAUCUGAGGGUUGAGCUUACUAUAAGGGGUUGA